AUGACAAGUGUAACUAUUAAAAUUACAAAAAGAAAAAAUAAUUUUGAAAAUACAGAACCAUCAAAAAUAUCAAAGGCAGAGAUUAAUGAAAUUAAAGAAUUAGUUAAUCAGGUAGAAAAUGAAGAGUUUGAUGAAUUAAAUCCAAGUUCAUUAAAGAAAUUAGUAUUAUCAUUUGAAAAAAAGUAUUUAAAAAAUCAACAAUUACGUGAUAAAUAUCAAAAUGAACCUGAAAAAUUUAUGGAAAGUGAAAUUGAUUUACAUGAAGAAAUUAAAAAAUUACAAAUUAUAGCUACAUCACCAGAUUUAUAUAAAUUAUUUGUAUCAUUAGGAUCAAUAGUAUCAUUAGGAUCAUUAUUAAUUCAUGACAAUACAGAUAUAUCAAUAUCGGUAAUUGAUUUAUUUAAUGAAUUAAUUGAAGCAGAGGAUGAAGAACAAGAUCCUGAAAUGUCAGUUUUUAAUUCAUUUAUAAAGAAUAACAUAAUGGAAACAUUGGUUGAUAAUUUAUCAAGAUUGGAUGCUACAAAUGAUGAAGAACAACAAGCAAUUCAUAAUACAUUUUCAAUAUUUGAAAGUAUGUUAGAAUUGGGUGGUUCUAAAUCUGCACCUAUCUUGGCUGGUAAAUCACAAUUAUUCAAAUAUCUAUUAAAUUAUAUAUCAACAACUACUACCACCACCACACCAAUUCCAAUUAAACUUUACUCUAGUGAAUUAUUAUCAUCAAUAUUUUUAAAUGAUGAAAAUUCUCGUUCAAUCUUUACAAAGAAAUAUAAUGGUAUUGAAAAAUUAUUAGUACUACUCUCACAAUUUAUUAAAAAACAACCAGAUUCAUUACAAGAAACUGAAUUUGUUGAAAAUAUUUUCUCUUCAAUUUGUUCAUUAUUAUUAAAUAAUAAUGAAAAUAAAGAAUCUUUUUUAAAAUCUGAAGGUAUUCAAUUAAUGUUAAUUUUUAUAAAAAAAAAAACUCAACAAAGAGGAUCAGCAUUAAAAGUUUUAGAUUAUGCAUUAACAGAUUCAAAGAAAGCAAAUGAAAUGUUUGUUCAAGAGUUAGGUUUAAAAACAUUAUUCUCAAGUUUUAUGAAAAAGAUUAAAUCAAAACAUAGUAAAAAGAUUUAUAAUGAAUCAGAGGAUCAAGAACAUAUUGUAACAAUGUUAUAUUCAUUACUUAGAAAUUUAGAUACAACUUCUGAUUACUAUACUCGUUUAAUGGUGAAAUUUACUGAAAAUCAUUUUGAAAAGAUUGAUAAAUUAUUGGAAUUACAUUCCAAAUAUUUUAAAAAAGUUCAAUUAGCUGAUAAGAAUUCAAAAAAAAAUAAAAAAGAUGACGAUGAAGAUGAUGAUGAUGAUGACGAUGAUGAUGAAGAAAUUUUAUUAAAAAGAUUAGAUGCUGGUUUAUUCACUUUACAAUAUAUAGAUUUAAUACUUGCUUUAUUGUCAAAAGAAAAUAAAGAAAUUAGAAAUAAAAUUAAGGAUUCUCAAGAUUUAGAAAAUGAAAUUAAAACAAUUUUAAAUGAAUAUAUUGAAACUGUUAAUAAAGAAUCUGAAUCAAAAUUCAUUAAAUCAUUGAUAGAUUCAUUUUAA